AUGUAUAAUCGUAAUAAUUACGGGUGGCUUCUGCUCAAGCCCAAAUCAAGCCUGAAACUCAAAAAAUGCUUCUUGCGAUGUGGUUUCAGUCACCAAGUCGAUGAACAAUUAGGACAAACAAUUGAUACUCUUGUACAAUCUGUAAUAGAUGGAGAACUUUUAGCUCUCAUCACACUGAUCGACAGCAGUGUUAAAGUAGAGACAUAUUUUGAAUUAGACAAAAUCAUUUCCACUCACGACACCGAUCUAACGGGCACCAAUGAUCCUGAUGAGCCCAACGAGCCCGAAAAUGAGGAAGAAGACGAGCCUGAAGAAACAGAAACUUCAAAAUAUCAAAUAACAAGUUUACAGGAUGCUUUGCCUGUUGUAAAGAGCAUAAAUCAUUUUAUUUCAUCAAUAGAGGUAAAGAGCAAUUCUAUUUUUACUUCUGCUGUAACAUUAGCGAAUGAUAUUACUAAUGAGAUUGUACAGAGAAGGUGUAAUUACAAACAAAAAAAGCUCACCGAUUUUUUUAAACAAAAAUAAUUUAAAAAUAUGUACAACAUGUAUAAAAAUAUACUUUAAAUAAUAAUAUGUAAUUUGUAAAAAUAUAAAAAUGUAAUAAUUUUCAAUAAAUAAUAAGUAAUAACAUUACAUAUAUGUAUGUAUGUACGUACAUAAUACAUUAUUAUACAAAUAAAUUUCAAAAAUGUAUCCCUUCUGAAUAACGGACACCUCCGAAUAACGGACAAAACGUUGGUGACCAAGAGUGUCUGCUAUUCAGAGGUUUCACUGUAUACAUUAUUAAUAUUAGAUUAUUUAUAAUAAACAAUAUUUAAUGUUAACAUUUAAAAAAAAAAAAAAAAAAAACAAUAAACAAAUGAGGAUAUGCGUUUCAAAUGUUAUGAUAUUUUGUGUAUUGACGGUUGUUUGUAAAAGGGUAAGUAAAAUGUCAUUAACUUGCUGUGUGUUUGGAUGUGCUAAUCGUUAUGGUCGUAAUAAAGUGGUUUUUUUGAGUAUGUGUUAGUAGUAUUCAAGAUGGUCAUCUAUAGAUUCAAUUUUACUACAGUGUAACAUUAUUUAUUAUUGAAAAUAUUUUUGAGUUCAUGAAUUAUGAUAAAAUGUAUUUGUGUAUAAUCACAAUAAUAAAAUUGAUAAAAUACUAUAGCUCUCAACAAAUAUAACGGAAAAACCUACGUCGUCCGGCCUGCUUGUGAAUUUUUACUAUAACAAAAAUAUUUAGCAAUCUAGUUUAUUAUCUAUAACAUUUUAUAAUGUUUAUAUCACAAACUGAGAUACAUCACAUAAGUUUAUCUUAGUUCGUGGUUUAAGUUCAGUUUCAUAUAAUCUGUGAGUGUAGUAUUAAAUGUUAUCAUUCAUACGACAGCGGUCGAUAGGCGGUCGGCAGUUGUCGACUGCUCGUGUUUGAUUUUCAAAAAUUAGACAAUUUCUCUGACGAAAAGAGAAAGUUAGAAAUAUUAAAUUCAACAAAUAUUAAAUUUCUUUUAGAUUUUUUGGAUUUUUAAUUUUACGCUUAAAACAAAAUAUUAAAAUUUGUCAAUUAAUAAAAUCAAUUAAAAUUAAAAUGAUUCAAUUUGUAUUAAAUAGUUUAAAAAUAAUACAGUAUCAAAUACUUUAUUAUUUUUUGGGAUUUUUUGCUAUCAUUGAUGAUUUAAAAAAUCGCGAACAUAAUAAAUUUAGUAAGUUAGUUAUUAAAAAUAAUUAUAGUAGAUACUAGAUAUAUUAAAUAUUAAAGUUUAUUUAUUUAGUAUUGUUUAUUAUAUUAUAUAAACUUUUAGACAUUGUUAGUAAACGAGGAAAAGUUGCAGUUAUUACUGGAGGUGCACGAGGAAUAGGUUUGGAAGUAGUUAAGAAACUAGCUCAAUGUGGAAUGCAUAUCAUAAUUGGUAAUCUUUUUAGUUUAAUUACAUGAAUAGUAUGUAGUUACAUAUCUAUAAUUUUUAUAAUAUGUGAAAAUACUUGAGCACUAAGUUUUGUUGUUUUUACAACCAUAUAUUUAUGUAUGCUCAUAAAAUAUAUGCAAUAUGAAUUACAAUUUAUAAAUACUGCAAUUACAAUGAUUUAAAAAAUUAUUGUACCAAAUUGCCUGGUUUUGAUUGCUCUAUCCAUUGUUAUAGUCAAAACUUUUUUUAAAUCAUUAAUGUGACAUGAAUGCGAGUGAGAUGGAUUGCUUGUCAGAUUUUCUCAGUAAUUUGAGUGUUGCUGCGUGACUUUCUUUAUAGGGGGAAUUAAUCUAGGAAUCUACUAUCUGGGAGUCUACACUUAAUAUUGCUGCAAAGAGAAUAGUAUUUUAAAUCUAAAUAUAAACCUUUACCUUGCUACGUGAAUUCAUACAGUCGGCAAACUCAAUACUUUUAAUAGAAAAAAGGAUAAUAACAGGAGAAAAUUACAAGAUUUAAAAAAAAAAAAAUAAUAUUUGUUUAGCUUACUUUAUACAAAAAUAUUUUUAAUGUAAGUAUGAUAGAAAAGUUUUGAUUAUGAAAAUGUAAUAAGUAUUAAAAACCACAAAUUUAACACAAAUAAAUACAUGAAAAUAUUAAACACUAUCUAAGUAAUGAGCAGAACAGGAAAAUCAAAUUUUUUACUGUUUUUAUGAUUAACUUUCCCAUAAAGUUCAUUCUUUUUUUUACAUUUUUAAUGUACUUGGGAAACACAUAUUUUGAAAACAAAAAAAGCGAUUAUUUUAGUUAACAAUGUCCUCUUUAAUAAUAAUAAUUUAUGUGCUUUACGUUUUAGGAUGUCGUAAUAUAGAAGCUGGACAAAAAAUUUUUCAACAACAAAUUUUCUCGGAUGUAUCUAUUGAAAUAUAUGAACUUGAUCUUAAAUCAUUUACUUCUGUGAGCAGAUUUGCUCAAAAAAUAUUAUUUAGACAUAAUCAAGUCCAUUUACUUAUAAAUAAUGGUAAAAUUUAAUUAGAUCUAUGUAUAUUAUUUUAAAAUAAUUGUAGAUACACGUUUACUGUUUUUACAACUGUUUUGAAUGAUCACUUAAAUAUAUUUUGGUUAAUAUAAAUACUAAUAUUUAGCGGGUGUGAUGUUUGUGCCUUAUGAAAAGUGUGAAGAUGGUUACGAAGCACAUUGGACAAUUAAUUACCUAAGUCAUUUUUUGCUAACCGAAUUAUUAUUACCAGUUUUAAAGACUUCUGGUUCAAACAAUGAGAAUGCAAGAAUAAUAAAUGUUUCUUCGUGUGCUCAUGAAGCUUCUCCUUUAAUUGAUUUUGACAAAAUUAGUAAAAGGUUAUUAUUUUAAUUUUAGAAGAACAUCAGAUUAUUACAUUUAAUAUUAUUUAUUUGUUCAGGAAAGGAUAUAUUCCAACUGCAGCUUAUGCAAAAUCUAAAUUAGCUCAAUUAAUUUCGACAAAGUAUUACGAUAAAAAAUUAUCAAAUAGUAAUGUUCAAGUAUUGGCUGUACACCCGGGCAUAGUUGAUACAGAAUUAUUCAAUGGCACAUUGUUGAAAAAGACAAUGCCCUGGAUAUUAAGAUACAUAUGCAAAGUAUAACAUAAUUUAUUUAUCUUUGUUUUUGCAACUUUUGUUAUGUAUUUUUACAUUUUAUUUUUCAGACCCCAGAAGAAGGGUCUCGAUGUAUUACUUAUGCUUGUGUUUCUCCAAAGUUAGAAGGACAUGGUGGUUACUAUGCAAAUUGUCAAUCUGUUAAGAAUUUGCCUUAUGCUGAUGAUGAUAAGAUACAGUUAGAACUUUAUAAUACAUCUAAGGUUAUGGUUGAACAUUUUUUAAUGUAA